AUGUCAAAGAGAACACCUGAACCCAUUACUGCGGAAGGAGAAGACGUCGUGGAGGUGUGGGCGUCAGCACCAGUUGCUAUUCCGGGGACCUAUAGCUACGCUGUGCGCUUUCCAGACAUGAUGGAUUACAAGGCUCGUUUUUCUACAUUUGCCGAGUGGCCUGAAUCAAAAGCUCAGCAUCCCAGGGUCAUGGCCCAAGCCGGUUGGUUUUAUAACGGGAACGGUGAUUGCGUCCAGUGCUUUCACUGCGGUCGAGAGCUUGAAAGAUGGGUUCCCACCGAUGGAGCAUGGGAAGAGCACGCCAGAGCGUCGCCCAUAUGUCCAUUUGUCAUAGCACAAAAAGGAGAACAGUAUGUCCACGACGUUCAGACCAAGCAAGCAAAGGAAUCAGCGCAGAUCUGUGACAAGAAUCAUGUAGAAGAGAAGAAGCCCAUCGCAGUUGAGAAAAACACUGCGACAGAGCAAGCUGCGGAAGGCACGGAUACCGCGGCGGCGGUAGUGAUGUUGGCCAGGGCUCCAUUGUCCAAGUCGGUCUUGCAGCGGGCCGACUUGUUUCUCACACUAGACGGGAAGGUGCAGCAAUAUUCAAAGCAGCUCAUUGAUCUGCUGGAUCAACAAGACAAGUGCAGGAAGGAGAUCUUGCAGCACACACAAGCGGCUCUGUCCCUUUACCGCGGCGAAGUGCAGAAGUCCUUGCCGAAAAGCGUUCGUUUGAUCGCUGCUAAUUACAUCCCUCGCCAUCUUGAUGUGGCUGACCUGGAGCGCGAUCGAAAGAUUCGUGACACGGUGUGGGAGCUUCGGACAACUAUUGUUGCUGCAAGGUCCCAGGACGCAUAUAGGAAACUGGCUCGUCUGAAGGAGGAGGAAACGAGCUUGCUAAAAAUUGUUACGCAAACCUUCGGCCAGUGGCGUGCUGAGCAUUUCCAGAAACUCUGUGUGCGCCGCUACGUUGAGCACAAGCAUAACAAAACAGCAUUACCGUACCUGACGAUUUUGACUGUCAAGAACGUUUAA